CAAGAUUUACUUUUUGAACGUGCUUGACGACGGUUACGAGUAAAAGCAAGGAUUUGAUUGGAUGAGAAGUACCGACGUUCUCCUUUGUUCGUUCUUUUAUUUUUUUGACAGAAACUACAAAUUUUUGUUGGCGUAUGUUUCAUGAGGUUUUCUACAACUUCUGGUAUAAGGUUAUCGAAUAUCCAUUUGAGUACGAUCAAAAUGUACAAGGAACACCUUUUCUUCUUUUUAUAAGCCCCAAGUCCUAAAUUUAUUUCAAUAAGGAUAAUUCAUUGGAUGGUUCUUUCUAGAGAAACCGUUAGAAGAAUCCGUUGUGUUUCCGUUUGAACGAUCUAGUGCACAUUUGUCGUCUAAGUGCGCGAACCACUCCCGGCUGGUAUUAACGUGUUACUAUCGCGAGAUAACAAAAUGGCUGUUAAUGUGUAUGCAACAAAUGUGACCACCGAUAAUCUAAGUCGUCAUGACAUGUUGGCAUGGGUUAACGAUUGCCUGCAAUCAUCGUUUACCAAGAUUGAAGAAUUAUGUACAGGAGCUGUUUACUGUCAAUUCAUGGAUAUGCUCUUUCCUGGAAGUGUACCUUUGAAGAGGGUAAAAUUCAGAACUAAUCUUGAACAUGAAUAUAUACAAAAUUUCAAAAUUCUUCAAGGUGGUUUCAAAAAAAUGAGCGUUGAUAAGGUUAUACCAGUGGACAAGCUGAUAAAGGGACGCUUUCAAGAUAAUUUUGAAUUUCUUCAAUGGUUCAAGAAAUUCUUUGAUGCAAAUUAUGAUGGUCGUGAGUACGAUGCCUAUGAAGCUCGUGGUUGUAUACCGCUAGGUUCUGGUGUCGAUGGAACUCAUAAUUUAUCAAAUCCCCAAUUGGUACCUCUACCUCCUCAGUCGAAGCAACCACAAAUGCAACAAAAACAUACACAACAGCGUAAUAUAUCUUCAAGGCAACAGCAGGUGAAUAAAGCUCAACCAUUCCGCCCUCAACAAAAGACCGGAGUAGCAAAUCGUGGAGAUUCCGAAAAAGUUGAAGAGCUCAGUGCACAGGUUGUGGAGCUUAAAAUGUCGAUCGAUGGUUUAGAAAAAGAAAGAGAUUUCUACUUUGGAAAAUUACGUGACAUAGAAGUAAUAUGUCAAGAUUGUGAGAAUGGUGAUCCACCUCCUAUUAUACAAAAAAUAUUAGACGUUCUUUAUGCAACAGAGGAUGGAUUUGCACCGCCGGAAGAAUUAGAGGGAGAUGGGUUGGCCCCUGACGACGAGGAAGAGUAUUAACAUUUUUUUACUAUCAUAAAAACAAGGACACAGUAAAUCAUCCAAGUGCAUCUCCUGUUUAUUAUAUCUGCGAGCCAGUACCAGUACUCCUUGCAUAAUUAAUAAUAAGUCACUCUGUAUAGUUGUUCAAUCAUUUGUGCGUAAGUUUUGUUGCUAAUGUUCACGAAACUCAUAAGGAUUCGCACGAGAUUAGGCCCCGACACUUCUAUAGUGCACUCGAGUACUUGUACUUUUCGUGUUUUUUCUUUUUCUUUCUUAUAUACUUGCAGUAUUUUUUUCCUCCUUAAUCACUAAUAACACAUAUAAAAGACUUAUUGUAUUGUUAUAUAACUUACUACUAAUUGUUGUUUCCUCCAUAACAACAUUAAUCAUGUUUAUAAAAAAUUAUGGGAAGUGGUGAUUAAGAAGGAAAAAAAUAGUCAGUAGUAAAUUAUAUAAUAUAUAGUAAGUAUUCUUCAUUAUGUAACGGCUGCCAUUUUUGGAUUUACCAUAUUAAUCAUAUUUUAUAUAGAAUCAAAAGAAAUUUCCGAAUAUUAAUAUUUCACAAAGUAGCCUUUUUUAUGCAAUUUUUAUGCAACGAGCAUGUCAAUCGUUCAUUUUUUUUCGUAAAGUGCAAAGAACGUUUCUGUUUAUAGUUGCACUAUACCUGUGUCGAUAAGCGUCGAAGCUUCUAUUUCUUAAUAUUUUGUUUUAUGAAAUGUCUAUAUUUUUAGAAUAUCAUGUUAAUCCACAGUUAAAUGUUAAUAAUGUCACUCGAGGCAUCCCUUCGUGUGCAAUUCAAAUGAAGAUUGCAGACCAUUCUUUGAUGUGAGAUAGUGCUCUACGCCAAUUAUACCGAUGUUGAUUUUAAUUUUUGUAAUAUAACUGGAAUGUAUGUAAGAAAGUUUUAGUAUUUGUGGUACAAGACUAAAAAGAAAAAAAAAAAUAUAUCCUCGUGAUUCUUUCGUCAUUAACGAUGCGAUGGCACAAUAUGCAUAGUUAAAAAGUUAGAUGAAAGAAAACGAAUUUCAAACAAAAGAAACGAAAAUGUAGAAUUAGUCGCAAGUUUUUUAAACCUUCGUUAUCAUAUUCUCUAUAAUCACGUAAAAGUUUCUACAUAUUAUUAAAUUUAUUUUAUAACUUCUUAUUAUAUACUUUUAUUAAUAAUAUUUGAUAUCGUACGUUCUGAAAAUACUUGAACUGUCCUCUUAGAUGAUUUUUUUUUCGAUUCUCUAAGUCAGAUUAAUAGGGCAAACAUGUGUUACGCGAUCUCACGUUGGACAAUAUACUAUAUUCGUCUUGAUGAUAAUGAUAAUAAUAAUAAUAAUAAUAAUAAUAAUAAUAACACAUAAUAAUAAUAAUAAUAGAAAAAUUCGCUAAACGCUUCUGGUGUCAAAUCUUCGUCUAUCAAUACUAAUCGAUCGUGAGAGAUAUGGGUUUGGAUAACUCAUCUAUGUUCGAAUUAACGUAUAUCAUAUCUUGUUGGAGCGAAGCAUGCUCGAAAAAGUGAAUUUUCCAUUAUCAAUGCUAAAUGAAAUCUCAUCGAAUUUUUAUUGCGCGCGAAACAGUUUUGAAUGUUACAAUGAAUGCAUCAUUUUUUUGAAUGCUAUGAAAUAACUAUAUAAAAAGAAAAAAGAGAAAAAAAAAAUUAACACGAUACAGUGUUCUUUCGUAAGGAGAAAUUUGUGAAAUUGUGUGGCAAGAGAUAUUAAGAAGUGGAAGAUAUAAAAAAGUGUGUGAAAGGAUUUUAAGCAUGGAAGAUUACUUAAACGCGUGUAUGAUGGUAUGUAUCGUGUACGUGUGUUCUUGCAAAUUUAAAAUUCAAUCUUUAAAGGAUUGAGAGAAAAGGAGAAGAGAUUCCUCGUAAAACAUUUUAAACACCAAUGAUUUUCAAACGAUAAUCUUACAAAAAAAAAGGAAACAAAAGAAAUGUCUCGCCGAUAUCGUCGAAUUAUAAUUAAGCUCUAUACGUACGACUUGCUCUAUAUAAUUAUUUUUUAUUGAUAAAAGAUAUAUAGUUUUUCUCGGCUUGCGCCUUAUUCGUUCGUAUAUGUAUAUGGGUGUACAACGUUAGAUAACACGGUUGUGCUUCGAAAUUGCAUUCAACGAUGAUGUAAUAAACGUUAAAUAAAAUCAACAUGGGCGCUGUUACACGUAA